AUGGCCGCCGGUGAAGUAGUGAAACAACACCCCGGAGAGAAGGACGAAGGCCAAUUCAAGGCAUCAUCAACACAGCAAAGAGUGCAGCGGGGCACUAAGCGGCCGUGGUGGCAGCAUUUCCAGGUUAACAGAGACAGAUCGCCGGCGAAACGUCUGCGACGCAGGCUAACACAACACACCGAGACAAGAACAGGACCCGAUAAGGAAGAGUUGAUCCAAAACUGGCUGGAAGAGACUUCCUGGUCUGGCGAAGCCUCGACAGAGUAUCAAACUGAGCAGUCCGAGGCAGAGGCCAAGAUGCCCGGCCAAGCUGCCGCCAUCGAUCCAUCUCCGACGGUCAGCGUCGAAGAAAGCACCACAAGCACAUCCAGAAAGUCUACGAGGUUCGCUGCCAGUGUGCAUGAUACGAACUAUCACCAGGCAUUACUCGAUCGCAACAUCGUCAUCGAGCGCGAAAAACCCCCGCCGGAGUUAAUGCGGAAAGCACACAGAAUCGUAUCACGCGCGCGAAACUCGCCUGAGAUAGACGACGUAACAAUUCAGCGGCUGAUAGAUGAAUCUCGGGGUCUUAGAAACGCGAAGAAGGCCGUUAUCGAUCAACAGCUAGCGUCACAUAUCAUUCCUGCUAUGAAUAAGAUCCCCGACCAGAGACUGCAAAUGACUGCUGGCCAACAAUGGGUCGAUUCUGUUCCCGUGCCGCUUAACGCAAACGUGGCAAAAGUGCUUGCCACGCAAUACCCUCUACCAAAACCAAACACGCCACUUCCUCUACCAAAACCAAAACCUGACUUAGCUUUCGGAUACUCUAAAGCUGCUUUUACCCACAAGCAGCUUACAGCUAUUGAACUUCUCGAAGACCGGUUCGGCCAAAGCUACAUCGUUCCGGACCAGACGAUUCGAUUUCCGUUUCUAGUGACCGAGUUUAUUUCACAGGCUCAGAAUGAAACUCACUAUAUCGCAACAAACAAGGUCGCCGGCGCUGGAGCCAUCGCCUUGGACGGGAAUUGGGAAUUAAUGCGGUGCAGUCUCCAGAAUUUCGAUUAUGAGGAGCCACAGUUUUUCUCCGUGACUAUGGAUCAUGACACAGCCUGUAUAAAUAUACAUUGGCUAAGAGCUCCUAUAGAAGGAGAAGAACAACAGACUUUCUACGUCGAACGACUUUCACAGUACCUUCUACGAGAGGAAAACGGUAUCCGAGCAUUUUCCUGA